AUUUACAAGUAGUCUAUUAGAUCAUUCAGUUUAGUUGAUACCACGCAUUUCGUGUACGUUAAUUGACAUGUGCUGCUUGCUGGAAAUUAACGCCUCAAGCCUCGUGAAAACAUACAUCUCACCACUCGACCUCAUUGGACCGCUAUGCGUGGCCUCCAAGCCACCCUAAAUUCGUUGUUUCAGUUAUUGUCCUACUUAACCUACCUACCUCCGGAGAUGGACAAUUACAACACACAUAUCUCUCCUCGCUACCUGUCAUAUAGAUUCAUACACAGUUGUCCGAACCAAGUCAUCCUUCGACAUGUCGACAGGCAGCGGCGAUGAGCCCAAGCCUAGUGUGGCCGAGACGACGGGCAGUGAAUUUACGGACAACACGACGAGCUCGCCAAGCACGCCAACUACUACCAGCACAACACCAACGUCUUCGUCCCCCGCUGUCCAGAUUCCAGUAUUAACGCCCCCAUUCAACCCCGCGCCAUCUUGUACCCAAGAUAUCUACUACGUCGUCGACCAGGACCUGUCCUGUGUUGAUGGCAAUGGCUCUACGGUCGCGUGUCGCCAGUUCCAUCUUGGUCCCACGACAAGUACGUCAGUUUGUUUUCCCACAUCUUGGAGCCCAAGCUCGGGCGCGUAUAUUUCGCCCGGCGGGUGUCCAUCGGGGUACACGGUUGCGUGUGCGUAUACGGAGGAGCCUGAGAGGACGGCGACGUGUUGUCCUAGCGGCUAUAGCUGCCAGACUUUAUCCGAAGGCUUUCCGUGGUUCACGACGGACCUGUGCGUCCAGAGCAUGCCGGAUUCAAUCACGUACCAGUACACCACGCGCACACCCGGAAAGAACCCCGAAACUUCCACGACGACCGGAGGCGGCACCCUGAACGCGUUUGGCAUUGCGAUCAGGUGGCAUCUAUCCGACCUCGCGACCGCGACUGCGACCACGACCCCGAUUGUGUCAGCUCCGGUAAUAACAACCACGAACCCGACCUUUGACGAUCUUUCGUCAGGCGCAAAGGCGGGUAUUGGGGUCGGCGCCGCCAUAGCUGGCAUCCUAGCGCUUGUGGGAACAUUUCUUCUGUGGAGGCGCUGUCGGAGGAGACGCCUUGGACGACCUGCGGUCAUGUACGAGCCACAGUUCGUCGAACACUAUCAACCUACGAAAGUACCAUCGGAGCUGGCUGGCAAUAAUGAAAGAAAUACGUCCUGGUCGAUACCGCCGUCGACCGACCACACAGAACGGGCUGAGUUACCUGGUCGAUCAUUACCAGCGGAGUUAGGGCCAGGACGAGACUGACAGUGGGAUAAGAGAUAAUUACUUUUCAUCUUACCACCACGCCAUUUACGCGUAUAAGUGGUGCCAUGAUAUGAAGGAGAAAUAAUUGAAAUUCUCAAGGGGGAAUUCCUUUCCUUUGAAGGAUCUUUUACCCCCUUGGUCACGUGGAGCCCCUUUUAUUCAUCAUGACACUUACAACGUCAGCAAUGUUCAAUCUAUCUACAUUAAGCACCACAAAAUAACAAACAAUUAAAAACAUCAGAUCAUACUUGAAGUGUUAUCUGAUACCUGUAUUGUAUGAAAAAGUUGAGGGAAGGGAAAGGAAAAAAAGAAAAGGAAAAAAAACCUUGGUUUGAACUUGAUUCGAACCCACCCUCUGUAGGUAUGUGAGACAAAAACGUUAAUUCGAGCAUCAUAUGAAUAGACCAUUUCGAUUGCCCGAAGGCGAA